GCUGAUGACUACACUUCUCCUCUAGUCAUCUACUUCUGCUAUACUACGUCUCUAUAUCUCUCUCUCUCCCUCUCUCUCUUUAUCUCUCUCUUCUCUCUCUCGGUUCCUUGAGUUCGUUCGGUGGUGUUGAAUUGGAGUGAUACAAUGAGUCAUUUAGAGGAUAUCAAAAACGAGACCGUCGAUCUGGAAAAGAUUCCUAUCGAAGAAGUAUUUGAGCAGCUAAAAUGUACCCGGGAAGGAUUAUCAGGAGAUGAAGGAGCCAACAGGCUUCAAAUCUUUGGACCCAACAAACUAGAAGAGAAAAAAGAGAGUAAACUACUGAAAUUUCUUGGGUUUAUGUGGAAUCCACUCUCCUGGGUCAUGGAAGCUGCAGCUAUAAUGGCGAUUGUGCUGGCUAAUGGUGAUGGAAAGCCUCCAGAUUGGCAAGAUUUUGUUGGUAUCAUAUGCUUGCUUCUUAUAAACUCUACCAUUAGUUUCUGGGAAGAAAAUAAUGCUGGAAAUGCUGCUGCCGCACUUAUGGCUGGCCUGGCCCCCAAAACCAAGGUUCUUAGAGAUGGUCGGUGGAGUGAGCAGGACGCUGCCAUUUUGGUUCCUGGAGACAUAAUUAGUAUCAAACUAGGGGAUAUUGUUCCUGCUGAUGCACGCCUUCUUGAGGGUGAUCCUUUAAAGAUUGAUCAAUCUGCCCUGACUGGAGAAUCUCUACCAGUGACAAGGAAUCCUCAUGAUGAAGUUUUCUCUGGAUCUACUUGCAAACAAGGUGAACUUGAAGCUGUUGUCAUUGCUACCGGAGUUCAUACUUUCUUUGGGAAGGCUGCACAUCUUGUUGACAGCACCAACCAGGUUGGGCACUUUCAGACGGUGCUCACUGCAAUUGGGAACUUUUGCAUCUGUUCUAUAGCUGUCGGAAUGGUAGUAGAGAUAAUAGUUAUGUACCCAAUUCAACACAGGAAGUAUAGGGAUGGAAUUGACAAUCUCCUUGUUCUGUUGAUUGGAGGCAUUCCUAUUGCUAUGCCCACAGUCCUUUCUGUUACAAUGGCUAUUGGAUCACACAGACUGUCAGAGCAGGGCGCCAUUACAAAGAGAAUGACUGCCAUAGAAGAGAUGGCAGGGAUGGAUGUUCUUUGCAGUGACAAGACAGGAACACUGACCCUUAACAAGCUGACUGUUGAUAAAAAUUUAAUCGAGGUUUUUGCGAAGGGAGUAGAUAAGGAAUAUGUGCUACUUUGUGCUGCCAGGGCUUCUAGGACAGAAAACCAGGAUGCUAUUGAUGCAGCAAUUGUUGGAACUCUAGCUGAUCCGAAAGAGGCUCGAGCUGGCAUAAGGGAGGUGCAUUUCUUUCCGUUUAAUCCUGUGGACAAGAGGACUGCCUUGACUUUCAUCGACUCUGAAGGCAACUGGCAUAGAGCUAGUAAGGGUGCCCCUGAACAGAUCUUGACCCUGUGCAAUUGCAAGGAAGAUCAAAAAAAGAAGGUCCAUGCAAUUAUUGAUAAAUUCGCAGAACGUGGAUUAAGGUCUUUGGCUGUUGCAAGACAGGAAGUGCCUCAGAAAUCGAAAGAUAGUGAAGGUGGACCAUGGCAGUUUGUUGGAUUGUUGUCUCUGUUUGAUCCUCCCAGGCAUGACAGUUCAGAGACUAUACGCAGGGCUCUCAAUCUUGGUGUAAAUGUCAAGAUGAUUACUGGUGAUCAACUUGCCAUUGCAAAGGAGACCGGCCGAAGGCUUGGGAUGGGGACAAAUAUGUAUCCUUCUGCUGCUUUACUGGGUCAAAACAAGGACGCUUCAAUUGCUUCACUUCCUGUAGACGAGUUAAUUGAGAAGGCAGAUGGGUUUGCGGGGGUGUUUCCUGAGCACAAAUAUGAAAUAGUAAAAAGGUUACAGGAGAAAAAGCACAUUUGUGGUAUGACUGGGGAUGGUGUGAAUGAUGCCCCUGCUCUGAAAAAGGCAGAUAUAGGAAUAGCAGUUGCUGAUGCAACAGAUGCUGCUCGAGGUGCUUCUGACAUUGUGCUGACUGAACCUGGACUCAGUGUCAUUAUAAGUGCAGUUUUAACCAGUAGAGCAAUUUUCCAGAGGAUGAAGAAUUACACAAUAUACGCAGUGUCCAUCACAAUUCGUAUCGUGUUUGGGUUCAUGUUUAUUGCUUUGAUAUGGAAAUUUGACUUCUCUCCCUUCAUGGUUCUGAUCAUUGCUAUCCUAAAUGAUGGCACUAUUAUGACAAUCUCCAAGGAUAGAGUAAAGCCCUCUCCGAUGCCUGAUAGUUGGAAGCUGAAGGAGAUAUUUGCUACAGGCAUCGUGCUUGGAGGUUAUUUGGCAUUGUUGACUGUGAUAUUCUUUUGGUUAAUAAAGGAUACAGAUUUUUUCCCGGAGAAAUUUGGAGUAAGGCCUAUAAGAAAUAAACCUGAUGAAAUGAUGGCCGUUCUUUAUCUGCAAGUUAGUAUUGUGAGCCAGGCACUCAUCUUUGUCACUAGAUCUCGCAGCUGGUCCUUUAUGGAACGUCCUGGUUUAUUGUUAGUCGCCGCUUUUCUAGUGGCACAACUGAUUGCAACUUUCGUAGCUGUGUAUGCAAACUGGGAUUUUGCAAGAAUACACGGUUGUGGAUGGGGAUGGGCUGGUGUCAUUUGGAUUUAUAGUAUCGUUUUCUAUAUUCCUCUUGACAUUUUGAAGUUUGGCACUCGUUAUGCAUUAAGUGGAAAAGCAUGGCUGAACCUGCUAGAGAACAAGACCGCCUUCACCACCAAGAAAGAUUAUGGAAAAGAGGAGAGAGAAGCUCAGUGGGCUCAUGCUCAGCGAACUUUACAUGGACUUCAACCACCAGCAGAUUCUAACAUAUUUGAUGAUAAGAACAGUUACAGGGAACUAUCUGAAAUCGCUGAGCAGGCCAAAAGACGAGCUGAAGUUGCUAGGCUUCGAGAAUUGCACACCCUGAAGGGACACGUCGAGUCGGUGGUGAAGCUCAAAGGCUUGGAUAUCGACACAAUUCAGCAGCAUUACACUGUCUAACAAAAGCUGAACGCAUAACACCUAAGAGGGCAAAGAGCCAUAUCGAAGAAAGUAUGCAUAAAUUGAGCUGGAAGAGAGAGACCUUUUAGUACUUAUAAAACAUUAAAAUUAAAAUGUUUUUAGACAUAGAAGCUUAUAUAUAUGUAUGAUACAUAUAUAUAACAUAUGUUAGGUAAACUUUGGAAAAGGUUUGAUUUGAUUGCACUUGUGGUUUAACAUGCAUGAUAUCCUCCUUGAUAUUCUGCAUGGUUAUUGCA